CCUUCACAUUCUAAAACGCCAAUAAAACGCCCACCUUCCACCAUGUUUUUCCCCCAACAUGCAUUCACCUUCCGACCAAUAUUCUCCGGCAAGCUACCGUAGCAUAGGCACCUUGCGUUGUAAUGGAAGCCGUCAUAGAUCAACUGGCGGCGGUGGAAGCGGUGGAAGCAGCUGCCGAUGAUCGGAAGUCACGUAAGAAGCAGCUGAGUAGAACUUCUUCUUCCGACAGCGAUGAAAUGUAUUCCGGCGGAUCUCCUAAAGAAAUUUUGAAAUUAGGUGGCAAAGCGAUUGCUCCAACUGGGGAAGCGGCUGAUAUCAUUUUCAUCCCUCAUGUGAUCGACAAGACACUUAUUUUAAAUCGUGGCAAUAAUAAUUCAACUCCGCCGCCGUAUGAUGUCUCCGACAUCGGUGGUGGUGGUGGCGGCGCUGUCGGCGAUGGAUAUCCAAAACCCAUUGAAGGUGAACAAGAAUUAGACUUGCAAACUCUUUACAAGUUACCUGAUUCCCACAACUUCUACUGCCCCACUUGCAAAUGUUGUAUUACUAAGGUGAUCAUUCGCCGUGACCCUCCAUCGCCGCGGUCGGAUGUUACACCAACGGAGAUACGGCCGCGGAGUCCCGGACCAGAUGCUGGAAGAACUGAUGUUCGUGACGACGUGUUCAAUCCCGAAGGAGACCAUGGUGGAAGGAUCGAUGUCUUAUGCAGCAAUUGCUUUAGUUUCCUUGCUCCCAUUGGUAAAUGGAUGUCUUCUCUAUUUCGUCGGGAGAAGCCACAAUUUCCGGCUGAAAAAGCACCCCCAGGAACUGAUACUACAAGUGGUGCUGGUCCAUCUACAACUCCCGGUGAACCAGACAUCAAAGAUGAAGGUCCUCCCUCAUUCGUCAUCCCGAUUCCUCCCGGUGAUGGCGGUGAAAGGUUAGGCCAAACAGUGAGCGGAGGCAGAAGUUUGGAGAUAAUGAAGAGUAUCGUGUAUGGAGGUUUAACCGAAGCGAUCACAAGUUUGGGCAUAGUAACCUCUGCAGCAAGUGCGAGUACUCCAACGGAGAACAUCGUAGCUUUGGCAUUGGCCAACUUAAUUACGGGACUUAUCGUCAUCACAAACAAUAUCUCUGGGCUGAAGUCAAACAAACUCAAGAAAGAACCGAACGAAAGAGGUGAAGCAAAAGUAGAUUCAUACGAAGAAGCCUUAGGAGACAGACAACAUUAUCUUCUUCACUUCACAAUCGCCAUGCUAUCAUUCUUAAUCUUCGGGCUUCUGCCUCCUCUCGUCUACGGCUUCUCGUUCCGUAACACCGACGACGGUGAUCUCAAGCUCGCGGCGGUGGCAGCCAGCUCCCUUCUAUGCAUUGCUCUACUUGCGAUCGCAAAAGCUUAUGCUCAGAGGGCACGAAAUUGGCAAGCCUAUGCCAAAACCCUAGUUUAUUACAUUACUCUAGGGUUUGGGGCCUCAGGUCUGUCCUACUUAGCCGGCAAGGAGUUUGAUAAGCUUCUUGAGCAAUUUGGCUGGUUUAAGGGUGACCCAUUGCCUCCUACUUUGUCGCUCCCUAAUAUGGACUUUGCAACUCCUACAUGGGGAUCCAUAUGAACCAUAUAUGCUUCCAAAUGUUUCAAGGUGUUUUCAUUGUUUGUUGUGGGAAGAUUUUUCAAAUGAUUAGGAAUGAUUAUCUGUUUCAAGUUUCGUUCUAUAAUUUGAUGGUUCGAGUUU